UUCAAUACGACGUACACUGUCAGUGGCCCUAUAAACAACAACACCAACAACUUGUGUUGUUGGUGGGUGAGUGUGAUAAAGUGAACAAUAAACAGUGUUUGUGGUGUCUAACACAGAAGUAUUUUGUAGAAGACUACCAGGUUGUGUCUUGCCAGACACUAUAUCUUCUGUACUUCAAGAAGCACCAGUGUAAGUGUCUUGAACAACAACUGAUAUUGCAGAAGUAUUUUGCAGAAGACUGCCAGGUUGUGUCUUGCCAGACACUAUAUCUUCUGUACUUCAAGAAAGGCAGCAUCUGUUAUUCUUGUGUAUUUUUAACUAGCUAAGCAUUACUAAUUAAACAAUUUUGCUUUUCAUUUUGGGAAUUCUAUCUAAAAAUGAAUGGCAGUUAAUUCUUUGAGAGUCCAUUUUGUAGUUCUAUGACUUUUAAGCCAGGGUCCAAGCUGUAGUACUACAUCAUGAGUUCAGCUUACUCAGAUAAGCUGUGAGUGGUAAAUUUGGGCCUAAAUAUGAGAGAAUGCAUCAAUAUGGUAAGUGUGCACCAUAUAAAACAAAUCCUGCAGCACACAGUGCAUAAUGAGAAAAAAACGACUAUUUUUGGAUUAAAACAGCAAAUUUUCAGUGUAUUUUCAUAUGGUUUUUAUGGUAGCAUUCACUGUUUCUUAGUCUUAUUUGUUAGAAUUGAAGAUGUAUUACAGAAAUGAUUUUGUUAGGUUUUAGUACUGAAAAUAGCCUGAAAUUGUGUUCAGAGUAGCAAAAAUAUUCUAUUUUUGCCAAUCUUAGAGGAUAAACAAAUCGCAUCACGUGUCCAAUAUAUGCCAGAUGGUGGGUCGAAUGUGCAUUCCUGAAUGCGCUGAUAUUAUUUAUACAGCUAUUACAAUAUUGCAUAAGUUAUUUUUUUUGUGUGUGUGUGUGUGAAUAAAAAAUCAAAAUCAAAUUAAUUUGUAAAGCCUGGAAAUUUAACUAAUAAAUAGUGGAAAUGUUAGUUUAGCACCAGGAAUGCCUGCAUUGGAACACAUCCUAGCAAAAUAGAUAAGAAUUUGGUCUAACAGAUCAAUGUAACUUGCCAAAAACAAGACUCAAAGUGGGUAAAAUUGCCAAUACAUAAAUAUUGCUUAUACAGGAAAAUUCGUGGGAGCAUAACAUCAUGAAUUCUUGAUCAAAUUUAAUACCUUUUGUUUUAUUACCUUCAGAAAAAAAUCUCUACCAUUUCACAAGAAAAAAAAUUGUUUUUUUUUUUAGAUUCUUGGACUUUGUGGGGAAUUUUCAAAUUGGGAGUCUGAACCCUCGAAGGGUUAAUGAAAAAAAAAGGGAUUUUUUCAUAAAGAAAACUAUGUGUUCAGUGUCCAAAAUAAUUAAAAAAAUUCAUGAAAUAGACAUGUGAGUACAUAAGGAAAAUUAACUAUACCACUGUUGUAUGACUAAAAUAUUUUAAAUGAAAUUCCUUCAUUUAAAAAAUAUGGAAAAACAUAAAGAACAUAAACCAUAUCAAUGUUCAGAGUGUCUGAAAUGUUUUAGUGAAAAAAAAAAUCUUGUGAGACAUAUGAGAGUACAUACAGGAGAUAAACCAUAUCAAUGUUCAGAGUGUCUGAAAUGUUUUAUUGAAAAAAACAAACUUGUGACACAUAUGAGAGUACAUACAGGAGAUAAACCAUAUCAAUGUUCGGAGUGUCUGAAAUGUUUUAUUGAAAAAAGCAAACUUGUGACACAUAUGAGAGUACAUACAGGAGAUAAACCAUAUCAAUGUUCAGAGUGUCUGAAAUGUUUUAUUGAAAAAAACAGACUUGUGACACAUAUGAGAGUACAUACAGGAGAGAAACCAUAUCAAUGUUCAGAGUGUCUGAAAUGUUUUAGUGAAAAAAGCAAACUUCUGACACAUAUGAGAGUACAUACAGGAGAGAAACCAUAUCAAUGUUCAGAGUGUCUGAAAUGUUUUAGUGAAAAAAGCAAACUUGUGACACAUAUGAGAGUACAUACAGGAGAGAAACCAUAUCAAUGUUCAGAGUGUCUGAAAUGUUUUAGUGAAAAAAGCAGUCUUGUGACACACAUGAGAGUACAUACAGGAGAGAAACCAUAUCAAUGUUCAGAGUGUCUGAAAUGUUUUAGUCACAAAAGCAGUCUUGUGACACACAUGAGAGUACAUACAGGAGAGAAACCAUAUCAAUGUUCAGAGUGUCUGAAAUGUUUUAUUGAAAAAAACAAACUUGUGACACAUAUGAGAGUACAUACAGGAGAUAAAUCAUAUCAAUGUUCAGAAUGUCUGAAAUGUUUUAUUGAAAAAAGCAGACUUGUGACACAUAUGAGAGUACAUACAGGAGAUAAACCAUAUCAAUGUUCAGAGUGUCUGAAAUGUUAUAGUCACAAAAGCAGUCUUGUGGAUCAUGGGAGAGUACAUACUGGAGAGAAACCAUAUCAAUGUUCAGAGUGUGUGAAAUGUUUUAGUCGAAAAAGCAGCCUUGUGACACACAUGAGAGUACAUACAGGAGAUGAACCAUAUCAAUGUUCAGAGUGUCUGAAAUGUUUUAUUGAAAAAAGCAAACUUGUGACACAUAUGAGAGUACAUACAGGAGAUAAACCAUAUCAAUGUUCAGAGUGUCUGAAAUGUUUUAGUGAAAAAAGCAGUCUUGUGACACACAUGAGAGUACAUAUAGGAGGGAAACUAUAUCAAUGUUCAGAGUGUCUGAAAUGUUUUAUUGAAAAAAGCAAACUUGUGACACAUAUGAGAGUACAUACAGGAGAUAAACCAUAUCAAUGUUCAGAGUGUCUGAAAUGUUUUUGUCAAAAAAGCAGACUUGUGACACACAUGAGAGUACAUACAGGAGAGAAACCAUAUCAAUGUUCAGAGUGUCUGAAAUGUUUUAGUCACAAAAGCAGUCUUGUGGAUCAUGUGAGAGUACAUACAGGAGAGAAACCAUAUCAAUGUUCAGAGUGUCUGAAAUGUUUUAGUCGAAAAAGCAGUCUUGUGACACACAUGAGAGUACAUACAGGAGAGAAACCAUAUCAAUGUUCAGAGUGUCUGAAAUGUUUUAUUGAAAAAAGCAAACUUGUGACACAUGUGAGAGUACAUACAGGAGAGAAACCAUAUCAGUGUUCAGAGUGUCUGAAAUGUUUUAAUCAAAAAAGCAGUCUUGUGACACACAUGAGAGUACAUACAGGAGAGAAAACAUAUCAAUGUUCAGAGUGUCUGAAAGGUUUUAUUGAAAAAAGCAAAUUGGUGAAACAUAUGAGAGUACAUACAAGAAAUAAACCAUAUCAAUGUUCAGAGUGUCUGAAAUGUUUUAUUGAAAAAAGCAGUCUUGUGACACAUAUGAGAGUACAUAUGGGAAAUAAACCAUAUCAAUGUGCUGUCACGUUUUAGUGAAAAGGCCAUCUUGUGAGACAUAUACGAGUACAUACUGGAGAUAAACUAUAUCAAUGUGCUAAAGGUCUCAUAUGUUUUAGUGUAAAAGGUCAUCUUGUGAGACAUUCACAAGUACAUUCGGGAGAUAGAACAUGUUAAUGUUGAUGUUUCAGGAAUAUUUUAGCUAUAAACUCAUGAGAAUAUAUAAAAGGGAUAUACCAUAACAGUGUUGAGAGUGCCUUUUCGAAGUCAUUUGGCAUCAGGAUAAUAUCAGAUAGGUUCAUGUUUAUGAAAUUCUGUCUUAAAAAAAAAUUCAUUUAGGUCUUCAACUCUGUCAUACUGGGACUUGAGUAGCUCACUCAUUUCCUUGCUGUCAUCUGUGUAGCACCCAUCUCGUUUAACCCUUUGACUGUCGAGAGGCCCAAUCCUGAAGUGUCUCCUGGUGUCGCAAAAUAUUCGGAAAAAAAAAAUUGUUUUUUCUUAUGAAAAUGUUAAGAUUAUUUUUCUGAUUGUUUUAGUCCCAAAAAAAAAUUUCCCAUCAGUACUUACCGAGAUAUAGAGGCAUGAAGUUUGCAGAAUAUGAGCCGCAUAUGGCAACAGCAGCGACUGCAACUCACCCAUAAACUUUGGUUUACUUGUAUUUGAAGGUUUGUUGUUUUUUCACUAUUUUAUUUUUUUACAUAACUUAUGUGGCCUGUGAGACCAAAGUAAGGUGCAAUGUACAUGUAUACACUUGUUGUAUACAACACAAUAAGCACACAAACAUAAUUAUCAAUAUAUUGUUUACAAAACUUGUUUACAAAAACAAACAAUACAAGAAAUUGUUUAUUACUAUUGUUCUAUAAUAUAUACAGUGGACCCCCGCAUAACGAUAUUAAUCCGUUCAUGAGAGCUCAUUGUUAUGCGAAAUUAUCGUUAUGCGAAUGAAUUUUCCCCAUAAGAAAUAAUGGAAAUCAAAUUAAUCCGUGCAAGACACCCAAAAGUAUGAAAAAAAAUUUUUUACCACAUGAAAUAUACAUUUUCCUACACACAAAGAGAAGGAUACAUGCACAAUAGUAGAGUAGUACAUACACAGUAUAUAUUGUGCAUGUACUACUCUACUAAAUGAAGAAUAAAUGACACUUACCUUUAUUGAAGAUGCAGCAAUGACUGAUGAGACACUGUGUCCUGGGAGUGCCUUUUCCUCCUGAGUACUGUAGGUCCUGUUUGGCAUUUUCUUCCAGAACAGGCCUUAUCACACUGUGUAUGCCACUACGAUUCUUAAAUCUCUCAAACCAACCUUUGCUGGCUUUAAAUUCACCAAUAUGAGCACUAGUUCCAGGCGUUUUUCCCUGUUCACCUGGGUGUUAGUCGACUGGUGUGGGUUGCAUCCUGGGAGACAUGAUUAAGGACCCCAAUGGAAAUAAGUUAGACAGUCUUCGAUGACACUGACUUUUUUGGGUUAUCCUGGGUGGCUAACCCUCUGAGGUUAAUUGUUUCUUGGUAUUCUCAAUAAGCCACACCAACAACGGUGCUUCAGCAGCAGCAGCAGCAGCUGACAGUGCUACAGCAGCAGCAGACGAUGCUACAGCAGCAGCAGACGGUACUACAGCAGCAGCAGCAGCAGACGGUACUACAGCAGCAGCAGCA